GUUGAUCAAGGCUAUAAGGCACAAGCAUUCACUCAAAGCACACUAGCAAUUUUUAACUGAUUCAGUUCAUAUAUAUCCUACUUGUACGUACUAGUCAAAGAGAAAAUGGCAGAGCAAAAAGGACACUCAGAGGAGACAAUCAACAAGGGUGUAGCUCCAGAGACUACUGAUCGUGGAUGUGGAUUGUUCAAUUUCAUGGGAAAGAAAGAAGAAGACAAGGCCCAAUGUGACACUGUCGUGGUUGACACGCCGGCCAAUGUGCAAGAACCAAAGGAGGAGAAGCACAGUCUCAUGGAAAAGCUUCAUCGCACUCAGAGCAAUUCUAGCUCGUCAAGCGAUGAGGAGGAAGUAGAAGAGGGUGGUAAUGGAGAGAAGAAAAGGAAGAAGAAGGGACUUAAAGACAAGAUCAAAGAAAAGAUGUCCGGUGAUCAUAAUAAGGAAGAUCAUCAUCAAACCACUGAUCAGCAAAAAGCUGAAUUCAUUUCCAUGGACAACUGCCCUGCUCCUUAUGCAGAACCAACACACGAAGAAGAGAAAAAAGGAUUUAUGGACAAGAUCAAAGAAAAACUUCCAGGCCACCAUAACAGGACUGAUCAAGAAUUCAAUAAUUCCCCUGCUGCUCAUAGUAGUGUAGAUGAGCAAGUCCAUGGUGGUGAAACAAAAGAUCACAAGAAAGGAUUACUUGACAAAAUCAAAGAGAAAUUGCCUGGUCAGGGCCACAAGAACAAUGAGGACGAAGAGAAGCAGAAAUCAAACUGAAAAUGAGAAUUAAUCAUCUUAGCUUCUGCACCACAAUGCAGAUAGCAGUUUAAUUUCACUUGUGUGUGUAUUUGCUUUUCAAUCUUUUUCUUUGCUUAGUCUUGUUUGGGGUAUUGAUGUGAUCCUUGUAAAUGGCCUCAUGCCAUUGCUUUUCCAUUGUAUGUUCAAUUCCAAGUAAAUGAAAUUUUCUAUUGUAUGGGUAAA